AAUUCAAAAAUAUUCUUUUGUUCAAAAGAUAAAUGAAGAACAUCAUACCUUUUCUGUCAGUUACUGUUGCUGCUAUGUGUAUUGGAUUGGGUGAAGCGCUACCAUUGCUACCAUUAGUAUGCCACAAUCAAAAGUUGGAACUUCAAAAUAAACUCGGUCCUGGUCAAAUUCUGAAAUAUCGUUGGGGAUCUCCUAUGGUUGAAAGCGGAGAAUUAAAAUUUGAUGCGAAACACAACUAUGAUACUGGUGGGGGCAAUCCAAAAACUUUGAUAUUUUCGAUUUAUAAAGGAUCUUCACCGUUGGAUUAAUAUAGUAUUUUGGCGAUAACAAGCUUUUCAAAUCUUCCAUGUAAGAAAGGAUUACUCUCAUUUGUUGCUAAAAAUGAUGGACUUUACAUUGUGGAAAAUGGAAACACUGCGAAGUUUGUGAGUAAAUGGAAAAAAUUUCCUUAGCGUGCUUUUCUUCCUUCUGUUUUCCUGUAAAACUACUUAAUGUUUAUGAAAUUUGAGUUUUCUUUUGUUUGUCUUUUCAGCUAAAUUAUCAUUCCAGUUUGGUAUUAGAAGAUAUAUGUACCAAAAUAUUGUAAUAAAAAUGUAUCUCAUGUAAUAAUAUUUACGUAAUGAUUGGAUCUCGAUCGUAUUAGAAGCUACGCGUGUGUGUAGAAAGCUACGCGAGUGUGUAAAUGAACUAACGAUUGGACUCGAUCACACUCACUUUCAGUUUACCAUUAGAUUAUCUGUGCAAAAAGUGAAAUUGAACGGCUUUUGCUUGUUCCGUAAUCAACAAUCAUGUUUCUUUUCUUUUGUUAUGGCACCUCAAAAUAACAAUAGACUUAUGGAAUAAAAUCAAGAGAAAUUGCACCCAAUAGCUAAGAAAAAAAACAAAAUUCACUAUCUAACUAAAAUUCCACCCUCUCUCCUCUUUUCUCUUCCUAUCUCUCUCUUUUCUCUCUCUAAAAAUCUAAUUUCUCUUUUUUUUUUGGUUAUUCCCUAAAUAAGCCCUAAAAUCAAAUACUACCCAAAAAAAGUUAACAAAUAAAAUUUGUUUGGAUUGUUGUAAAAAAAAAAAAAAAUUUGUUUGGACAAAAAGUAUUAAAUAUAUUUUUGAGAGAACAAAAAAAAAACGCUUAAUUACAGUUGUGGCCCUCCAAUCCUUAAUUACUUUGCAACUUCACACACCGUAAGAUCGAAACCUCUCACUGCUCUGUUCCCGUCGCCGUCGAUUUCUUCUUCUCAGUUGGAAGAUGGCGAACUUACAACUCUCUGGAAUCAUUGAAAAGAUGACGGGUAAAGAUAAAGACUAUAGAUAUAUGGCGACCUCUGACUUGCUCAAUGAGUUGAAUAAAGACUCCUUUAAACUCGACUCGGACCUGGAGAUGAGAUUGUCCAGCAUCAUAUUGCAACAGCUCGAUGAUGUUUCUGGAUUGGCUGUUAAGUGUCUUGCUCCAUUGGUGAAGAAGGUCGGAGAAGAGCGUGUUGUGGAGAUGACCAACAAUUUAUGUGAUAAACUGCUGCAUGGGAAAGACCAACACCGUGAUACCGCAAGCAUAGCUCUCAGGACUGUUGUCGCUCAAGUUGCUCCUUCGCUCGCUCCAUCUAUUCUUGUUACUCUAACUCCACUAAUGAUUGGAGGUAUAAGUGGCCAGGAAAUGAGCCAAGGGAUUAAGUGUGAAUGUCUUGAGAUCAUGUGUGAUGUUGUUCAAAAAUAUGGAAGUUUAAUGGCAGAUGAUCACGAGAAGCUACUGAAUACACUGUUAUUGCAAUUGGACUGUAACCAAGCCACAGUCAGGAAGAAGACUGUUACAUGCAUUGCAUCUCUUGCGUCGAGUCUGUCUGAUGAUUUGCUCGCAAAGGCGACAGUUAAAGUUGUGAAAAACCUAAGUAACAAGAAUGCUAAAUCGGAGAUUACACGCACCAAUAUACAAAUGAUUGGAGCAAUAAGCCGUGCUGUCGGAUACCGAUUUGGGACUCAUCUUGGUAACACUGUUCCAGUAUUGAUCGAUUACUGCACCAGCGCUUCAGAAAAUGAUGAGGAGCUCCGGGAAUAUAGCUUACAGGCACUUGAAAGUUUCUUGCUACGAUGUCCAAGAGACAUCUCACCGUAUUGUGAUGAAAUUUUAAAUCUCACUUUGGAAUAUAUAUGUUAUGACCCGAAUUUUACGGACAACAUGGAUGAAGAUACUGAUGGUGAGACUCCUGAAGACGAAGACGAUGACGAGAGUGCAAAUGAGUACACGGAUGAUGAGGAUGCCAGCUGGAAAGUUAGGAGAGCUGCAGCGAAAUGCUUGGCGGGAUUAAUAGUGUCUCGUUCUGAGAUGAUCUCUAAAGUAUAUCAAGAGGCAUGCCCGAAACUAAUUGAUAGAUUUAAGGAAAGGGAGGAAAAUGUGAAGAUGGAUGUUUUCAACACAUUCAUUGAUCUGUUACGACAAACAGGAAAUGUGACAAAAGGUCAAACUGACACAGAUGAAUCAAGUCCUAAAUGGCUACUGAAGCAAGAAGUCUCAAAGAUUGUGAAAUCCAUUAAUAGGCAACUGCGUGAGAAGUCUGUUAAGACAAAGGUUGGAGCAUUCUCUGUUUUGAGAGAGCUUGUGGUCGUCUUGCCUGACUGCCUUGCUGAUCAUAUUGGUUCGCUAGUUCCUGGAAUUGAAAGAGCACUAAACGAUAAAUCUUCUACAUCAAACUUGAAAAUCGAAGCUCUUGUCUUCACAAAGUUAGUCUUGGCAUCGCAUGCGCCUCCUGUUUUUCAUCCUUACAUUAAGGCUCUCUCCAGUCCUGUUUUAGCUGCUGUUGGAGAACGCUAUUACAAGGUGACCGCUGAGGCAUUAAGGGUUUGUGGGGAACUUGUUAGAGUAGUCCGUCCAAGUACUCAGAGUAUGGGCUUUGAUUUUAAACCAUUUGUUCAUCCAAUCUACAAUGCCAUAAUGUCUCGCUUGACAAAUCAAGACCAGGACCAGGAGGUCAAGGAGUGUGCUAUUACCUGCAUGGGUCUCGUUAUUUCAACUUUUGGCGAUGAACUCAGAAAAGAAUUACCUUCAUGCCUUCCUGUGCUUGUUGACCGAAUGGGAAACGAAAUCACUCGCCUCACAGCAGUAAAGGCAUUUGCUGUCAUUGCCACUUCUCCGCUGCACAUUGAUCUGUCAUGUGUUUUGGUCAAUUUGAUUGCUGAACUAACUGGAUUCUUGAGAAAGGCUAAUCGGGUGCUAAGGCAAGCAACACUGAUCACCAUGAAUACCUUGGUAACAGCGUAUGGAGAUAAGAUUGUCUCAGAUGCUUAUGAAGUUAUUGUUGUGGAGCUUUCGUCUCUGAUAAGUGUUUCGGAUCUCCACAUGACAGCUCUUGCGCUUGAACUCUGCUGCACUCUGAUGACUGGAAAGAGUUGUAGUGAAAAUAUCAGUUUGGCGGUUCGCAACAAAGUUCUUCCGCAGGCAAUAACUUUAGUUAAAAGCCCAUUGCUCCAGGGUCAAGCACUUUUGGCUUUGCAAGGAUUCUUUGAAGCUUUGGUUUAUCAUGCAAAUACGAGUUUCUACACCUUGCUGGACUCAUUACUUUCCUGCGCUAAACCUUCUCCUCAGUCUGGAGGUGUCCCAAAGCAAGCAUUAUAUUCAAUUGCACAGUGUGUCGCGGUUCUUUGUCUCGCGGCAGGUGAUAAGAAUUGUUCUUCUACGGUUAAAAUGCUAAUGGAAAUACUUAAAGAUGACAGCGGCACAAACACAGCAAAACAGCACCUUGCCCUGUUGUCUCUUGGUGAGAUUGGGAGAAGGAAAGAUCUAAGCGCACAUGCUGGCAUUGAAACGAUAGUCAUUGAGUCUUUCCAAUCUCCCUUUGAAGAAAUAAAGUCUGCGGCUUCAUAUGCUCUUGGAAACAUUGCUGUUGGCAAUCUACCCAAUUAUUUACCUUUUAUCUUGAACCAGAUUGAUAAUCAACAGAAAAAACAAUAUAUUCUUCUUCAUUCACUCAAGGAGGUGAUCGUGAGGCAGUCUGUUGAUAAAGCGGACUUCCAGAAUUGUAGUGUUGAGAAAAUACUUGCUUUACUGUUUAACCACUGUGAAAGCGAGGAAGAGGGUGUAAGGAAUGUUGUUGCUGAAUGCUUGGGAAAAAUGGCGUUGAUAGAACCUGAGAAACUGGUCCCUGCACUUAAGGUAAGGACGACUAGCCAAGCCGCUUUUACUCGUGCGACUGUUGUUACCGCUGUGAAAUAUUCUGUAGUGGAACGGCCUGAGAAAUUAGAUGAAAUCAUCUUCCCUGAGAUUUCUUCUUUCCUCAUGCUAAUUAAAGAUGGUGACAGGCAUGUGAGGCGUGCAGCUGUGUCAGCACUGAGUACAUUUGCUCACUAUAAACCAAACCUUAUUAAAGGACUCCUCCCUGAAUUGUUACCGCUUCUUUAUGAUCAAACCGUUAUUAAGAAAGAAUUAAUAAGAACGGUUGAUCUAGGGCCAUUCAAGCACGUUGUAGAUGAUGGGCUUGAAUUGAGGAAAGCAGCUUUUGAAUGUGUAUUUACUCUACUCGAUAGCUGUCUUGAUCAACUGAAUCCGUCUUCUUUCAUUAUUCCUUUCCUCAAAUCCGGACUAGAAGAUCAUUACGAUCUGAAGAUGCUGUGUCAUCUCAUACUCUCACUCCUAGCGGAUAAAUGCCCCUCAGCCGUGCUAGCUGUACUGGAUUCGCUUGUGGAACCCCUGCAAAAAACAAUAAAUUUCAAGCCAAAGCAAGAUGCAGUGAAGCAAGAGCAUGACCGUAAUGAAGACAUGAUCAGAAGUGCUCUUCGUGCUAUCUCAUCUUUGGAUCGGAUCAGUGGAGUGGAUUAUAGCCACAAGUUCAAGAGCUUAAUGGCUGACAUGAAGAGGUCUGAACGAUUGUGGGGAAAGUACCAGACAAUCCGCAACGAGUAAAGAGUUUGUAUGUUGUGUUACUACAUAAAAAAGGUGGUCGAUGAUGAAUUCCUCUGCCUGAGAUGAGACAAUUACUUCAAGAGGGUACAUGGAAAAAAUGAGAACAUAGUUUUUUUCUUUGUCGCGAACAAUGAUUAUAUUGUUCAGACUGUCAUUUAAAAAGAAAUCUUUUUUGUUUUUACUUUUGCAAUAGUAAAAGUUUUUUUUAUUAAACCUUUGUUUGAGUUAUUGAUAUGCUUUGCAAGUAUUGCAUUUUUGCGACGGUGAAUGAUUUUAGUCUUCUA